AUCACCCAAUGGCCUUCCAUACCCAACCAACAUUUGUACUGUUGGUUCAGUGCACAACACAGUGCCUCGCCUUAUCCACUGCAAAACGAUAAUGGCGCGGCACCAUUCGCUUGCCGCCAAUUUGCUCUUACCCUUGUCUAUGCCGACCUUCGAACCUUUAUCACCCGCCAUAACUCCCCAUCUCCCAUGUCGAAGUGGGGUUGUUUGUGCCAGCAGUCAAAAGCGCCUGAUCCCAAUUUCUCAUGUAUAUGAGAGGCACAGACGCUAUGAAGCUACUGGUUGUUUUUUCACUAGGAGAUUGUGGGAGCCGCCAUGGUUAACAUGUUUUAAUGUCACAUGCAGAUGGCUGUCUCAUAUCAUUUCCUUGUACUUGCUAUUCCUCAGUCUUGUUGCCAACGCCCAGGACUAUCCAGCUUCCUCUACUUACGCUUGUGAGGAUACUUCCUCUUACUAUUCCCACGUGAAGCAUUUAAGAGGUGAAGCACUCAAGAAAAAGUUAAAUAGCCUUGUUGCCCCACAUCAUUCCUUAUCCUACAAAGAGGUGUGGGAUGCCCUCAAGUUUCUUGAUGCUGCCAAUAUUGAUGAACCUGAUGCUUCAUCAGGAGUAGUUGAAAUAUACUCCUUGAGAGUUGUCCCAAAACGCUUAUCCGGAAAGCCACAGGGAUGGAAUAGAGAGCAUCUAUGGCCUCGUUCUUAUGGACUAACAAAUGGUCCUUCUUUAACGGAUCUACAUAACAUUCGCCCUGCUGAUGCAAAUGUCAAUGCAUCAAGGGGAAACAAGUAUUAUGGAGAAUGCGAGGCUAAAUCCUCCAAGUGUUUGAAGCCAGCGAACAAAGAAGCUGCUCUGGACACUGAAACAGACAGAGAAAGAUGGGCUCCACCGAGGCAGGUCAGAGGGGAUAUUGCAAGGGCAUUGAUGUACAUGGAAGUCUGUUAUGGAUUCCAACAAUCAGGAAGAAUUCCAGGUCUUCGCCUCUCAGAUGCCCCCAGUACAGAAAAGAAAGAGAUGGGACUUCUUUCAACAUUGUUAAAAUGGAAUGAGGUUGGUCCGCCUUCGAGAGAAGAGAGAUUAAGAAAUGAAAGAAUAUGCAAGUUUUAUCAGCAUAAUCGGAAUCCUUUUGUUGAUCACCCCGAGUACGCCAAGCUUAUAUGGAACCACCCUCUUUCAAGACGUCCUCCUAAUAGUAGCAAUAACAUGAGUGCCCCAACCAAAUAAGAGUCUGAAGAUGUCUGUCAAUCAUGAAACAAGAAAAUAUAUAUAUAUAUAUAUAUAUAGCAAACGUACAUUCAGGAGAAAUAGAAAAGAAAAGUGUUUAUAUCAAAAUUUAAAUUUCACCCUCUUUCACCUUCAUGUCAUUUUUCCUUAAUCCAGACAUAUGAGAUGCAGGGCUCUCUUGUAGACCCUUAUUUUUCCGUGGCAGAAGCCUGCAAGAAGGGAGUCUGAUCCAAAUUUCAAGUUCUUUAUGUGGAGACAUGUAAGCUGUUCCUCCCCCAUAAGUUUUUCAGAAUCUAUAAAAUCAAGCUAGAUGAUUAGUUGUCAUUUGUAACGUCAAAUGUUUAUAUGCAAUCAAAUAUAUGUGUGACCUUAGGGGUAGUGUGGAAGUGGAAGUGGGGAUGAAAGGUUACUUUGUUAGAGAUAAAAUGAAACACUUCAAAUAUAUAUAAUGGAUUUUAGAGGUA